ACGCUUCCCCAGGUUGCGGGAAGAUUUGAAUUGCUGUUGAUUUCCUGUGUUUUCUUUGUGGGUUCAUAGUUGGCGCUGCCGCCUCUCUCCCGCUACCCUGACACGAUGGACGUCUCGGCCCGAACACUCUCUCUGUGACCUUAUUCCUCUGCGGCUGUGAUUGUUUUCUCUCAUCAAGAAACAUCACCGUUGGUAGUUUGUCAAAUUCAAGAAAUAUCCCUGGAGAAGCGGUCGUGGGCAGGCUUCAAGCAUUUUGGCAAAUUAAAGGGGCCUUUGGCCUCAUUUCCAGGAAUUUUCGUCUCAGAACUGCCGUUCUUCACCUUGGAAGGACAUUUUAUCCAUAGUCCUAGUAAUGGCAGCAGAGGUGCGAAUGGUACUUUAUGAAGACGAUUCAGUGCAAGUGCAAUAUGUUGAUGGUUCCAGACUGCAGCUUUCUCCAUGUGGCUCUGAAUUUUUAUUUGAAAAGGCACCUCCUGUUUCAGCACAUCCUUUAGAACAACCAGAAAGAAUUCGUCAAAGGACACACUUCGUUAUUAGCACUUACCGGGAGCAACUACAGCGAGCCCUAGAUUUUCGAAAUUCUUUUGCCGUUUGCCCUUUUUUAUCUGAAAGCAUCAUACCUUCUGAAAGAAAAAAGCGUAUCUUCGUUGACUUCUCAGAAGCAAGAUGGCCCAGUCCUGACACUGCUGAUGGCGUGGUAUCUAUGGAGAGGGGCAGUGUGAAGAUAGCAUCGUUGGAUGGGCACGCAUACCUUUGCCUUCCCAGAUCGCAGCAUGAAUUUACAGUACAUUUUUUGUGUAAAGUAAGCCAGAAGCCAGACUCGUCUAUAGUAUUGUCGGAAAAGAAGAAUCAAGCCGGAAAGGACAAACUAGUUGAGAAAGAAGGCAAAAUCUAUACAUAUGGAAGUUUAUCAAGACAGAGACUGAAGAAUAAAGAAAAUGACCUUUAUUGUCAGCUCACGAAAUCCAAGGAACCUUUAGAGAAGAGCUGUGUAGGUGGAGCUGAAGGGAGGGAGGAGCCACCCCCUCCUAGUACACGACACACAUGUGUAUACACAUGGGUGAAGCAGCGCUGGCCCGUGGCCUCCUGCCCAGAGGAAUGGAAGUAUCCUUUGUCUUUAGCACUUCAUUUUCAUAGUAAAAUCAGCAGUAUGUCAAGAAGUGAUGCAGACAUCACCCGGAGUAGAACAUUAACUUCUGAGAUUUCAGAGGAAAGAGGAAAAGAGGUUUCUGCUCUUCCCAGGGCCCUGUUACUCAGCUGUCCUGUCCCCCACCUGCACAGGUGGAAUUUUUGUGAUUCACUUUCACAAGGACAGUUUGAUGAAGAAUAUUCCUAUGCUGAGCUAGUGAAAGUGGUUUGGUACAAAGGUGUAACUUACCGACUAAACCAUAAAAAUGUGAACUCAAUAGAGAUUUAUCCUGGAGAUGGAUCUGUUUUCAAAUCAGAGGGAGCUUAUUUUGGGAGGUAUUUUACAUAUUAUUCCAUUCAAGAAGGAUCAGAAGAGAGAGAAGAGAAAACUUACUCAGUAAAUAACCUUCCUCCGGACAGACCAGGAAGUCUGUUCUCUGUGUGUUCUCUACUUAAACAGGCAACCAGAAUUCUUCAACACUGUGCCAAGACAAGGCUUUCUUUAAGCCAUAAUUAUCGUAUAUGCUGCUGGAAAAUGGUACCUGGGAUAAAUGAUAGCAAUAUACUGCCUUUGCUUUUGAGAGAAUCAGUCAUACCCAGCGUGGGAAGAUUUCUUGCAUAUUCUGAUGACAAAGUACAUGCUGUCUUUUUAGAUGGCAUUACUCUAACCCUAAAUUGGAAUUUCAGCUCUUUUAUUGAAAAGAGACAGGUAAAUCAAGGUCUCAACUUAGGUUGGUGUAAGUUAACUUUUCCCGAUGGACAAGAUCAGUUAAUUCAAAUUGAACACCCUGGACCAUAUGAAAGCUAUGUGAUAGCAGUUAUAUCAUGGUGCAGAAGACUGACCCAGACUGGUCAGAGAGAGAUGCCCACACAUUCUUCAUCUUCUGUUAUUGAAGAAAAUUGGUCUGUGGCCUCUGAACUUGAAAAGAUAAAGAAGUUUAACUUGUUAUUGGAGAAUAGUGGUAUCCUAAACCAGAUUUCUAACAAAAAAAACAAACAGUCAUCUGAUCAUUAUGAACCAAAAUCUCCAGAAACCUUGCUGGAAGAAGUUAAUGAAAAGAGAGUAUCAGUGGCAUUGAAAAGAACCUCUGAAAUCCUUCAGGAUAUUGACUGUCUUCUAUCAAGUUCUAAAAAGUGAAAAAUGGAAUUAUUAUAAACCUUAAGGAUGUUGGUUCAAGUGACUAGUAUAAAAUUACUAGUAAGCCAAGAAAUUAUAUAUAUUACUUCUGUGCAAUGACAUUUAAUUUUGGAGGUUACCUAACUUGUAAAUUUUAAACUAUA